AUGAAGCUGCUCCUGCUCCUCGGCUUGGUGGCCCUGGCCCAGUGCCUCGUCCACAGGGUCCCUCUGAGGAAGACGAAGUCCCUGCGGCAGGCCCUGCAGGAGCACGGCUUGCUGGAGCGCUACCUGAAGGACCACCCCUACAACCUGGCCACCAAGUACUUCCCCACCAUCUUCGCCGUCGAGCCCCUGCAGAACUACCUGAACAAUGAGUACUUCGGCACCAUCUCCAUUGGUACACCAGGCCAGGAGUUCACCGUUAUCUUUGACACCGGCUCCUCCAACCUGUGGGUGCCCUCGGUGUACUGCUCCAGCCCGGCCUGUGGCAACCACAAACUCUUCAACCCAGCAGACUCCUCCACCUUCAUCAGCACCAACGACAGCCUCUCCAUCGCCUACGGCACUGGCAGCAUGACCGGCUUCCUGGGCUACGAUACCGUCAGAGUUGCAGGCAUCGAUGUCGUGAACCAGAUCUUCGGGCUGUCUGAGACUGAGCCCGGCUAUUUCUUCUACUACGCCCCCUUCGAUGGCAUCCUGGGGCUGGCUUACCCCAGCAUCGCCUCCUCUGGAGCCACCCCUGUCUUUGACAACAUGAUGUUGGAAGACCUCGUGUCCAGCGACCUCUUCUCCGUCUACCUGAGCAACAACGAGCAGAAAGGCAGCUUUGUCCUCUUCGGCGGCAUCGACCCCUUGUACACCAUCAACGGCAUCACCUGGAUCCCCCUCUCUGCCGAAACCUACUGGCAGAUCACCAUGGAGAGCGUCUCCGUUGGUGGGAAGACCGUCGCCUGCUCCGCCGGCUGCCAGGCCAUCGUGGACACGGGCACCUCACUGCUGGCCAUGCCCAACCAAGCCCUCGGCAACAUCCUGAGCGCCCUUGGUGCCAGCUCCAAUGGCCAGAUCAACUGCAAAUCCAUCAGCAGCCUGCCCAAUGUCGUCUUCAACAUCAACGGCAACGCCUUCCCCGUGCCACCCAGCGCCUACGUGAUUCAGAGCGACGGGUACUGCAGCCUCGGCUUCGAAGGCAUGAACGUCCCCACCGAGUCGGGCGAGCUCUGGAUCCUGGGGGAUGUCUUCAUCCGCAAGUACUACGUCAUCUUCGACAGGGCCAACAACAUGGUGGGGCUGUCCCCGCUGCUCUGA